CUGUAUGCCAUGCAUGGAGGUUUGAAAUGUCUUCUUCAAGACGGUGGAGUACCGUUGAUGAGACCAACUUGAGAAUAUUUAUUUGCUAAAGAAAGGAAAUGAUAAAGGUAGAGCAGUGAAAAAGAAUGGAUCAGUGGAUCUAGUUCCCUGAAGAGAUAGUCAGGGAUGGGUACAGAUGAAAUACUCCCGCCCUGCAGCGGAAGGAGAAGGGCCAGCGGUAUUUGUAGAUAUAGAUGGAACUACAGGUUGAAUUAUGGGGAGCUUGCAGGAUUUCUGAAUAAUAGGUUCCAUUUUCUCUCGGAGGUAGGAAAUAAGAUUACGUACUUGAGAGUGAAAACAGUUGAGGGUAAGAGGUCAGGAAGAGGGCCUGAAGAGAGGGGCAAACAGUGCAAACAUCUGCUGUGAGAACUGGUGAGAGAGUUAACUAAGGUUAUAAAGGAAGAUUGUGGGGGUAGAAACCAUGAGUUCUAGUGACACCUGGCCCUGGUACUGGAAACCCAGUUGAAGGUACGACAGAUUAGUGUCUGCUUUCAACUCACGAGCACAAAAAUGACCUUUCAAAAGCCUUCCAAUUUAGCUUUGCUGGGUGCGGAAAGAAUGGGUUGAUAGCAUGUAAGUUAAUGAUUGCUAUAAACUUCAUCUCCAUCCAUGUGUGCUUAAUAUGACCUCGAACUGUAACAUACGAUUCUAGGCUUAGCAAGGGUUAGACAGUGUGUCUCCUGCCGUGGGUGUGCUAAGCAUCUGAAUGACAUUCUGCCAUUUUACCAUCUCUCCUAGAUUAAUGCACUCACAGGAACUCUUUUUACUUCUAAAGUGCUAGAAGAAAGAGCAGAGAGAGAGACUGAAUCCCAAGUGAAUCCACAUUCUGAGCAAGGAGAGCAAGUGUAUGACUGGAGCACUGGCUUGGAGGACACGGAUGAUUCUCACCUUUACUUCUCUCCAGACCAGGGAAAUGUGGUAUUUACAAGUGCAAUAGAUGGGUGGGGCUUUGGAAUUGAGCACUUUGCCGAAAUCUACAGUCAAAAAACUGGCAUCAAAAAGGAAGUUCUUUUGAAAACCUUGUGGGGAGAUUAUUAUAUAAAUAUGAAGGCUAAGAAGAUUAUGAAGGUUGAUCAGGCAAAAGGAAAGAAACCUUUAUUUGUACAGUUGAUCCUGGAAAAUAUAUGGAGUUUGUAUGAUGCUGUCUUGAAAAAGGACAAAGAAAAAAUUGAUAAAAUCGUGACUUCUUUAGGAUUAAAAAUUGGAGCCCGAGAGGCACGGCAUUCAGAUCCUAAAGUUCAGAUCAAUGCUGUUUGCAGUCAGUGGCUUCCCAUAUCUCAAGCUGUUCUUGCUAUGGUGUGUCAGAAACUUCCUAGUCCCCUUGAUAUUACAGCUGAGAGAGUGGAGAAACUGAUGUGCGCAGGAUCGCAAACAUUUGAUUCUCUUCCACCGGAAACCCAGGCACUGAAAGCAGCUUUUAUGAAAUGUGGAAGUGAAGACACUGCUCCGGUUAUUAUCUUUGUUUCCAAAAUGUUUGCAGUUGAUGCUAAGGCUUUGCCUCAGAAUAAGCCAAGACCUCUCACUCAGGAGGAGAUUGCUGAGAGGCAUGAGCGUGCAAGACGAAGGCACGCGGAGAAGCUGGAAGCCGUGCAGGGCCGAGCACCCUUGGAGCCCACCCAGGACGGGAGUGCCCUUGAAACGAGUCCACAGGGAGAAGAGCCGAAAGGUGAUGAGCAAGAGGUGGAGAGUGAGACCCCUAAACCUGUGCCCCAGGAAGGAAGUGACCAAGAGCCUUUUAUCGCAUUUGCUCGAAUAUUCAGUGGCGUGGCUCGAAGAGGAAAGAAAAUUUUCGUCUUGGGGCCCAAAUACAGUCCUCUUGAGUUUUUGCAGCGGGUGCCAUUAGGCUUCUCAGCUCCAUUAGAUGACCUUCCCCCGGUCCCCCACAUGGCAUGCUGUACCCUGGAAAACCUGUAUCUUCUGAUGGGAAGGGAACUGGAAGAUCUAGAGAAGGUACCUCCAGGAAAUGUGCUAGGAAUAGGAGGCCUUCAAGACUUUGUGCUGAAAUCGGCAACACUGUGUACCUUGCCAUCCUGCCCGCCAUUUAUACCACUCAACUUUGAAGCCACCCCUAUUGUGAGAGUUGCUGUUGAACCGAAACACCCAAGUGAAAUGCCUCAGCUCGUCAGAGGAAUGAAACUGUUAAACCAAGCUGAUCCCUGCGUCCAGAUUUUAAUUCAGGAAACGGGAGAGCACGUUUUAGUCACAGCAGGGGAAGUCCACCUUCAACGAUGCCUGGAUGACUUAAAAGAAAGGUUUGCAAAGAUUCAAAUCAGUGUAUCUGAACCCAUUAUUCCAUUCAGAGAAACAAUCACAAAACCCCCCAAAGUUGACAUGGUCAAUGAAGAAAUAGGCAAACAACAAAAAGUUGCAGUCAUACACCAAACAAAAGAAGAUCAAAACAGAAUCCCUGAAGGAAUCCAAGUUUACUCUGGUGGGCUAAUCACCAUGACAACCCCCAAUAAACUUGCCACACUCAGUGUUCGAGCCAUGCCCCUUCCAGAAGAAGUCACUCAGAUUCUGGAAGAAAAUAGUGAUUUGAUUCGUUCUAUGGAGCAAUUGAUAUCCUCUUUGAAUGAGGGUAAAAACACUCAGAUGAUUCACCAGAAGACCCAAGAGAAAAUUUGGGAAUUCAAAGGAAAACUAGAGCAACAUCUAACAGGGAGAAAAUGGAGGAACACUGUUGACCAAAUCUUGUCAUUUGGCCCAAGAAAAUGUGGGCCCAACAUAUUAGUAAAUAAAAGUAAAGAUUUUCAGAAUUCAGUAUGGACAGGCCCAGAUGGCAAAGCUUCAAAAGAAGCCAGUAGAUACCGAGAUUUGGGCAACAGCAUCGUGAGUGGCUUCCAGCUAGCAACCCUCUCUGGCCCCAUGUGUGAGGAGCCUCUCAUGGGUGUCUGUUUUGUUCUGGAAAAAUGGGACCUAAGUAAAUUUGAAGACCAAACAGCAAGUGAUAAGCAGAAUCAAGAACAAAGUGAUCUGGUUAAAGAGGGACAGGGGGAAGGUGAAACCUGUUCUGGUAGAGAUGAACACCAAGACCUGCAAGGUGGCUGCUCCAAGCCCUUUGAGAAGAGGGCUUCCCAGAAAGGAGAGUCUUCACUCACCGACUGCUAUGGACCCUUCUCAGGACAGCUCAUUGCCACCAUGAAGGAAGCCUGUCGCUAUGCACUGCAAGUGAAACCUCAGCGUCUGAUGGCAGCAAUGUACACGUGUGACAUCAUGGCCACCAGUGAUGUUCUCGGUCGGGUCUAUGCGGUCUUGUCAAAGAGAGAAGGUCGAGUGCUACAAGAGGAAAUGAAAGAGGGGACAGACAUGUUCAUCAUCAAGGCUGUGCUGCCCGUGGCCGAAAGCUUUGGCUUUGCUGAUGAAAUCAGGAAGAGGACAAGUGGCCUGGCCAGCCCGCAGCUGAUAUUUAGCCACUGGGAGAUCAUUCCCAGCGACCCCUUCUGGGUACCAACCACUGAGGAGGAGUAUUUGCACUUUGGGGAAAAGGCUGAUUCUGAGAACCAGGCCCGGAAGUACAUGAAUGCGGUACGAAAGCGGAAGGGUCUUUAUGUGGAAGAGAAGAUUGUGGAGCAUGCAGAAAAGCAGAGAACCCUCAGCAAAAAUAAGUAACUACUACUGUUGGCAGAUUCUUCUCUUUGUAAUAAGUUAGGAAGUAUUAUCACCCAGGCUUCAAUACUGGGAAAAUUUCUUUAUGCUGCAUCAUCUCUGUGCAUUCACUUUCAAUAAAGCUGAUCCAUUUCAUAUUUUAAA